AUCGUGUCUUUCUUGUUCUAAACUAAAGUACCCAAUUUUCCACUGAUCAACAUCUCAUGGAAUCGCUAAUUGGGGAACGAUUCAUCAUGGAUUGUCCCGUAAAAUCUCUCACGCGAAGAUGAAAAGUUCAUCUUUCUGAGAUUUUAGUCCAAUUACCCCCGAAAGCGUCAUUCAUUAUCGUUCAAGUUCUGUUGAAUUGGUCUCGAAGGUGAAUCUCGCUGUUCAUGUGGUGACUCCGAGAAUCUGAAGGAAAACAAAGGAGUUAGAUUUCCAAUGAAUUGGGAUAAAGGAAAGGGAAUUGAUCCACAGAAUAGUAGCGGAAGUGACAGUGAGAAAGAUGAGCCAUUUCUUACAGAGGAUGGUUAUGCUGAACAGUGUACUGAAGUCAAUGAUGAAAUGGGGAUUCCUUGGCAAAGAAUGAAAUGGACUGAUGAUGUUAUUAGGCUUCUUAUUUCUGUAGUUGCGAGUAUCGACGAUGAUGGUUUGAUAGAUGGCGGAGCUGAGGAGGGCCUCAAAAGCAAGCAUGGUUGUUUACAUAAAAAGGGUAAGUGGAAAAUGGUUUCGAAAAUCAUGAUCGGUAAAGGCUGUCGUGUCUCGCCACAGCAAUGCGAAGACAAGUUUAACGAUCUGAACAAGAGAUACAAGAAGUUGAACGAUAUUCUUGGGAGGAAUAUCAGUUGCAGUGUUGUGGAAAAUCCUUCCCUUAUGGACUCAAUGUCUCACCUGUCAGCUAAAGCUAAGGAUGAAGUGAGGAAGAUUCUGAACUCGAAGCACUUGUUUUACAAGGAAAUGUGUGCUUACCAUAAUGGGCAAAAUUUACCGGAUUGCCAUUAUCUCGAUCACCAGGGUUCUGCCCUCAUGCCUGUCGAUGGAUGCUCAAGAGAGAUCAACAAGGUUGAUGAUGAUGGUGAUGAUGAUGACGAUGAAAAAUAUUCAAGUGACGAGAGCGAUGACGACGAUGACUCAGACAGUGAAGAUGAGGAUGGCGAUAACGGUAUUCAGGCAAGUGAACAACAUGUCGGGCUGGAUAGUUUUAGGGCACAAAUGUCUAGAAUUUUUAAAGACCCAACAAAGUCAUCACGGGAACGAAAAGACUGGAUCAAGAAAAAGAAAUUGGUCAUCCAUAAGCAAAGAGCCAUUAUUCAGACCCGAGCUUUCCAAAUUGACAAGCAAUGUUUCAAGUGGCUGAGGUAUUGCAGCAAGAAAAAUGAAGAGCUUGAGGGGUUGAGGAUGGAAAACGAGGUGAUGAGAAUAGAAAACGAGCAGAGCUUGUUGCGGUUGAAGCAGAAAGAGUUAGAGUUAGGUUUGGGAAGGUCGGAGACAUAUUUCGACUGCUCAUAUCAUGGAACGGGCAAUCAUCAAUAGUACUUCUGGACAUCACCCAUGUUUCUCGGCCGGCUUUGCGUUAUGCCGUGUUCUAUGGCUGAUUCAUUCCCUAUCUAACCGAGGUGGACUAAAAAAAAGAUGAUGUAAGGGUAUGUAUGUAUGUAUAACAAUACAUGUAUGUAUGUUGUACAAUGCACUCACUCGAUAUAUAUCUCCAUUGAAGUGUUGUGGACAAGUGGAAUCAUAGCUUCUUUCUUCUAGCCUAAGUAUGUAUACUUUGUGUUUUGGAUAUGAUUGUUCAUAUUCUUGUUUUCUUUUUUGUACACUAUUUAUAAAGCUAAAGCUAAAAUAUUA